CAUUAAUAUCUGUUAUAAUAGCAGUAAAUAUACAGUGAAUUGAAUGCAAAUCAUAAAUAAAACAACAAUUGAUUUGCAAAUUCACAACACAUUUGGUCAUCAAUUGUGUUAUACGUUGACCACAAUUACAACAACACUGAAGACAUAGAGAGAAAGAUAUAGGAAGACAAUGUCGGACAGCGAAGAGUCGACCAGAGAUUCAGACAAUGAGGCCGAAGAAGUUGAAAGAGAAGAAGAAGAGGCUCCCGAUGAAGAGGAACCGGAAGGCGAAGAUUUGGAUGAUUAUGACGACGAAGAGGAUGAAGACGACGAUGACUAUAGUCGUCGGCGACGCAAACGAAAAAAGCCAAGACAUGGAGGGUUUAUAUUAGAUGAGGCAGAGGUUGACGACGAAAUUGAAGACGAAGAUGAAUGGGAAGAGGGCGCCGAUGAGAUCAUCGAGAAAAACAAACAUCUCGACGAUGGCUCACAGCGUGAGAUGGACUCACAUCGACGGUUGAAUAUGAUAUGGAAUAGUCAAAAGGAGGACGAGAUUGAAGACUAUUAUCGUCGUAAAUAUGCCGAGUCGUCGGCCGCCGAACGCGGAAACGAUGGCGAUUUGGAUCUUCCCGACGAUAUUACACAACAGGCACUGAUGCCUGGCGUUAAAGAUCCGAAUCUUUGGAUGGUUAAGUGUAAGAUCGGCGAAGAAAAGACCACUGUUUUGCAACUCAUGCGAAAAGUGAUUGCUUUUGCCAAUACUGACGAACCGUUGCCUAUCAAAUCUGUUGUAGCACCGGAAGGUAUCAAAGGUUAUAUCUAUAUCGAAGCCUUUAAACAGACUCACGUGAAACAAGCCAUUCAAGGCUUGGGUAACUUAAGACUUGGUCUCUAUAGACAGACAAUGGUUCCCAUCAAUGAAAUGACAGAUGUGUUGCGCGUCACUAAAGACAGUCAACAGAUUAAAGUGAAUCAAUGGGUGCGACUUAAGCGGGGUCUCUAUAAGGAUGAUUUGGGACAAGUGGACUAUGUGGACACAGCACAGAAUCAGGUUCAUCUGAAACUGAUUCCGCGCAUUGACUAUACCCGACUGAGAGGUGCUCUACGAGCCGCCAGCAGUGAGAAUGAAAACAAACGGAAGCGCAUGAAACGUCCGCCGGCCAAACUCUUUGAUAUCGAUGCCAUUCGUGCAAUUGGUGGCGAAGUGACUAACGACGGAGAUUUUAUUAUAUUCGAAAGCAAUCGCUACCGACGAGGCUUUCUGUAUAAAGCGUUUGCCACGAGUGCACUGCUCAUCGAUGGCGUCAAACCUACACUGUCUGAACUCGAAAAGUUUGAAGAACAUCCCGAAGGCAUCGAAAUACAAUUAAGUGAGAGUACUAUUGCCGAGGAUAAGGGCCACAGUUUUGCACCGGGCGAUACCAUUGAAGUGUGCGAAGGCGAGUUAGCUCAUCUUCAGGGAAAGAUUGUAGCCAUCGAUGGCAAUAAGAUUACAAUGAUUCCGAAGCACGAAGAUCUAACUGAUCCGCUUGACUUUCAGGCGCACGAAUUACGCAAAUAUUUUAAAAUGGGUGAUCACGUGAAGGUUAUCAAUGGUAGAUAUGAAGGCGACACCGGACUCAUUGUUCGCGUUGAAGACAAUCAAGUUGUCCUCUUCUCGGAUCUCACAAUGCAUGAACUGAAAGUCUUACCCAAAGAUUUACAAUUAUGCGCCGAUAUGGCCACUGGUGUCGAUUCGAUGGGUCAGUUCCAAUGGGGCGAUUUGGUCCAAUUGGAUGCGCAGACGGUCGGUGUAAUUGUGCGGUUAGAGAAAGAAAAUUUUCAAAUAUUAAACCAAAACGGAAAGUUGGUUCACGUCAAACAUCAGGCGGUCUCAAAAAAACGAGACACUCGUCGGGCAGUAGCUCUUGAUUCUGAACAAAAUCAGAUUCAAGUGAAAGAUCACGUGAAAGUCAUCGAUGGUCCGCAUUCUGGAAGACAAGGAGAAAUCAGACAUCUUUACAGAAAUGCAGCGUUUUUAUACUCGAGACAAAUGUUAGAAAAUGGUGGUAUAUAUGUCUGCAAAACACGACAUCUAAUUCUUGCAGGCGGUAGUCGACCACUAUCUGCGUCGGGAGUACUCAAUACUAGUUCUGGAUAUAUGUCGCCCCGCAUCGCUGCAUCACCACAACAUCCUUCAAGCGGCGGUGGAAUGACUCCAUCCAGAGGUGGAGGAGGAGGAGGUGGUGGUGGUCACGGCGGCGGAGGAUUUAAAGGAGGUCGCGACAGAUCUGAUCUUGAAUUGAUUGGAAAGACUAUUAAGAUAACUCAAGGAACGUAUAAGGGAUACAUUGGUAUUGUAAAAGAUGCAAUCGGCACCACAGCACGUGUCGAACUACACUCCACGUGUCAGACUAUUACUGUUGAUAAAACACGUAUUGUUGUGGUCGGUAGCGCUGGUGGCAGCAGUAACACUGGCGGAGUGUCCACUUAUGCUAGAAACACGCCUAUGUAUGGAAGUCAGACACCAAUGUAUGGUACCGGUAGUAGAACACCAAUGUAUGGCGGCGCUAGUACUCCGUUACACGACGGUUCACGAACGCCAGCUUAUGGUGGAGGUGGCGGAGCCACACCUAUGCACGACGGGUCACGAACUCCAGUGCACACAUCUAGCAUUUGGGAUCCAACUGCUUCCACAACCCCGCGUCCAGAUUUUGAUUACGACGAGCCGUCGCCAUCGCCAUCAAAUCCCUAUCAAUUAAAUCCUCCGACACCUGGCUAUCAGAAUCCUGAAACACCUCCGGGAGGGCCAUACACACCACAAACACCGGGAAUGUAUGCUUCUGCAGAUCAUUCAUAUUCACCUUACAAUCCAGCCGGCACACCAUCACCAGGCUAUGGUGUACCUGGAGCACCCAGUCCUAGCGGUUAUAUGACACCGAGCCCGGCCUACAAUGGACCUCACAGUGUCGGUCCAACUCCUUCGCCCUCUGGUUACGGUUAUUCACCGAUGACACCGGGCAAUAUAGCAUCACCCCAUUUUAAUCCACAAACACCAGGUGCUGGUAUGGAACAGUCGUAUUCGAUUGAGUGGCAAACAACCGACAUAGAGGUCCGCAUCAAAGAGAAUCAUGACGACAGUGACCUGAUUGGCCAAACCGGUAUAAUUAGAAGUAUAUCGGGUGGUAUGUGUUCAGUAUUUUUGCCGCGAGAAGACCGUGUGGUUAGCAUUUUGUUGGACCACUUGGAACCAGUUAUGCCACAGACUAACGAUAAGGUUAAAGUCAUAUUUGGUGAGGAUAGGGAACAAACGGGAACAUUGCUUACUAUUGAUGGUGCCGAAGGUGUGGUCAGUUUUUCGGCCGAAGACAUCCGAAUGUUACCAUUAAGACAUUUGUGUAAAAUGAAAAAAUAAUUGCAACGAUUGAUGUUUACUAUCAUUACAAAGUGAUUAUCUUAUUAGUUUACCGAAUAAUUAUCCAAAAAUAUUGGUUAUAAU